AGCAACUCCAAUUCAAUCGAGAAUCGAGUGAAUGAUUUUUAGGGAAAAACAGAAAAUGUUUUUUGUUUUGAAAAUAAAAACAAACAUUAACCGCACAAUGCCUUAUUUAUGGUCGUAGAUAAGGUUCCAUUGUGGUAGAUAAGGAAAAAGGCUUCUCCUUGGACGGUAUCAAGGAUUCAUCGUCGCAACGAAGCUUGCUUAAAACUUAACCAAGGUGCAAGGUAUUCAAAGUGCCGCAAAAGAUGGUGGUUGGGGCAUUUCCAGUGGCGAAGUUGGGGGCACUCGUUCUCAAGCAGAUAUCCAAACCAUUGGCAAAUGUCGUAAAGAGAAGAGCCAAAAGCAGUCCCUUCUUUCGAACCUAUAUCUGCAUGCCUCCUGCUCAAUUUUAUCAUUGGGCCGAAGUCAAAAUGAAAAUGUGGUCUAUGAAUUUGGGAAAGCCUGUCAACAUCCCUAAAUUGAACGAGGCGUUAGCAAUAGAACUGGGGGCAGAAUUACUUGGCGAAGGAAUCAUAUUCGUAAUAGCUGCCGGCAUAUUGGUUGCCGAAUAUAUACGUUCAAGCCGCAAAGAGGAGAAGAAGGAGGAAGAGCGGGUUGCAGAAUUGUCUCAAAUUCAAAACGAUUUACGCGACCUUUAUAUGGAGACGGCAAAACAGGACGCUCAAAUUCGCGAAUUGGUUCGAAUCCUUAGAUUGAAAAUGCCGGAAGUAUCUUACACGCCAAGGCCUUAUGAUGAGAGGCAGAUCCCGGAACACCACAGGGAUGAUUAUCACGAAGAAGAAGAAAAGUCCAUGUUCUCCUAUGUCAAAGGAUGGGUUUGGAGCGCUAUAGAUUUAAUUAUUCCAGAAGAUGGCUCAGAUGCGGAAUCGUCGCCACAAAAAAAUAGCAGUCAGACCGGAAACACUACUAGUACAGUCCUACAAGUAGUACCGAGUCCACCAAUACCUGGUAAUCCUAGUCAAAAUAACCCGUCAAUACCACCACCAGUUAAGAAGAGUUAAAAUUUAGUUGAUUAAGUCAUAUAAAAUAUUAUUAUACUAUUUAGUAGCGGUGGUUUGGUCACAAAAUUAUUAUUUUUUGUCAUCCUGUAUUGCAUGACAAAGUCACUCGCUCAGUGAUACUUCUGUAGUUCUAGUGAUGUUGAUAUAUCAUCGACUAUAGCAAACGACGUAAAUAUCUUGUUAAAUUUAGUUACGAUAAAUUAAUGCAAUUAUGUUAAUUACUAUAAAUGAUGUGUUUGACAAAUAAAACUCGAAACCCUA